AUGGGCCUGAGUCGGAGAGCCGCCGGGCAGUACCUGGGCCUCCUGCUCUCCGUGCUGGGCUGGGUCUUAACCAUCACCACCACCUACCUGCCGCUCUGGAAGCAUCGCAACCUGGACCUAAACGAGAUGGAGAACUGGACCCUGGGGCUCUGGCAGGCGUGCGUGGUCCAGGAGGAAGUGGGCAGACAGUGCAAGGUCUUCGAGUCCUUCCUGGCGCUGCCUGCCGAGCUGAGGAUCUCCAGGAUCUUGAUGUUCGUGUCCCACGGGCUGGGCGUGCUGGGCCUGCUGCUGUCCGCGCUGGGCCUGGACUGCCUGCGGGUCGGUGAGAGGCCACCAGGGCUCAAGAAGCGGCUGCUGGUGCUGGGCGGCCUCCUGCUGUGGACGGCGGGUGUGGCGGCGCUGGUGCCCGUGUCCUGGGUGGCGUACGGGACCGUGCGGGAGUUCUGGGACGAGGCCAUCCCCGAGAUCGUGCCCAGGUGGGAGCUGGGCGACGCCCUCUUCCUGGGUUGGUUCGGGGGCCUGUGUCUUCUCCUGGGAGGGGGUCUGCUCAACUGUGCUGCCUGCUCGAGCCCGGGGGUCCCUGCUGCGGGUCUCGAGGCUGGGGCUGCCCCCCCAACUCCGCGGGCAUCCCCGGGAAACGGAGCCGCGGACCGCAAAGUGUCGGACCUGGAUCUGCCCUCUGUCGCAGGCAUGCAAGGGUCUUUGUAA